AUGUGUUCACCGAACUCAAAUCCAUACCUGGACUAUCCUCGUCCUAUGCUCCAUAAAACUGUACCUAUUGGUGGAAUCGCUGUCCAUAUUGAUCCCAAGAAAAAUGAGCUGUCGAAGAAGUGGGAUAGCAUACUGAACGAGAGAAACACGACUGUACUGGUCUCAUUCGGUUCAGUGGCCAAGGCAAUCUACAUGCCAGAUGAGUACAAAGAAAAUCUCCUUGAAGUUUUCAAGAGCAUGCCUGAAACAACGUUUAUAUGGAAAUACGAAGCCGAAGGCUCUCAAAUAGCUGCUCAGCUCGAGAAUGUUCACGUUAGCACGUGGGUACCACAGAACGCUCUUCUCGCCGAUCCCCGCCUUACGGCUUUCAUCACUCAUGGAGGCUUAGGUAGCACCACAGAACUCGCUCAUUUGGGAAAGCCCGGCGAUACUGGUAGGUCCCUCUUUUUGCUGAUCAGACAAGAAAUGCCCACAUGCUUGCGAAACACGGUGGAGGUAUCGUUCUAUCUAAGUUUGCUCUGGAGCAUCCUCAGAUGCUCACGAAAGCUCUCAAAAAAAUCUUCAAUGACGCAAGCUUCUCUCACAAUGCCAAGCGGCUGUCGCAGAUGCUUCUGA